AUGUGGAAAGACAUCCAAACCAAUAUCCAUUAUGAGUUUUAUGCUGAACAAUCUGUUGUGCUUAUUAAUUAUGUUCUUCAUUCGAUAGGCACAAGGUCGGGCAAUUACAACUCACUGGUCUCCUUCGAGAUCAGCAGUGAGAUAUUUAGUGAAUUGCAACCACCGAAUAAAGUACCAUUGGAGAGUAACUAUUGGGGUCUGUCUCCGGUUGUGGGAGAGUUAGAAGGGUGCCUUUGCUUACUUGUUCUUGAUCCAUGGGCUUAUUUUUGUUGUGUUGCAUGGGUGAUGCAGGAUUACGGUGUUCAAGAAUCUUGGACUAAGAUCUCUAUCGAUACGAGUUUUGUCGAGCAGUAUCCACUCAGGGCCAUGGGGUCUUCAGAGAAUGGAAAGAUUUUAUACUUAAAUGGCCACGACAAUCUAGUUAUAUACGACAAAAAACAUAGAAGUGAUAGGCAACUGAAAGUUUGCGAUUCUGUGGAGUUUACAUCGGGGGUGAAAUAUUUUGAGAGCUUAGUCUCACUUAAAUCUAGUACUUAUUCGGGUAUUGAAGCACAUGGAAGAAUCAAUUGA